AUGAACUGUUUAUUGGUAAAAUCACCCGGUCCGUCCGGUAAGCCAGUGGUCACUAUUACGGCGAGUGCGGCAGCGAGCGUAACGGCCGCGGCAAAGGCGGCGAUGAGCAAUGCAUUGAAAGACAACGAGCAGAUAAAUGACGCCGUGAGCAAAGUUUUGGGUGGAUACGAUUGGACUCUAGUGCCAGUUCCUGCCAAACCUCCUACAGAGAAGAAAAAUUAUCAUGUAAAGAGACCAAUGAAUGCUUUUAUGGUGUGGGCUCAAGCAGCACGUCGCAAGCUUGCCGAUCAGUAUCCACAGCUGCACAACGCCGAGCUCAGCAAAACGCUUGGCCAAUUGUGGAGACUUUUGAGUGGUGAUGAUAAACAACCGUUUAUAGAAGAGGCUGAAAAACUGCGUGUACUUCACAAGAACCGAUAUCCCGAUUAUAAAUAUCAACCACGUCGGCGCAAGGCUGCUAAAGGCAUACCAAAGAUACAAGACAAAUCAAAACAUGACAAAUCUGAAGCAAAUGAUUCUCAGUAUCAACGCCAUCUAAAACAAGACAUGUUAAUGAAUUGUAACAGCACCACUAGUAGUCGUCCGAUUAAACAAGAAAUGAUUCCUGCCAGCUCAUCGUCGACCAGUAGUAGUAGUCCAUCCGGUUCAGCACCAGAACCACUGACUCCUCCUACUACUCCAAACUACUACCCAGCCAAGCCCAAAAACGGCUAUUGCAACAUUACGCACACUAUUUGUUAUGGUGGUGAAACGGGUGAAUCUGCGAUAGAUUACAGUCUAGAUUUUGGUCGUAUGGACGACCUACCGGCGGUGGAGGCUAUCGGAGCUGACAUGGUGGACAGUUCGGAACUGGAUCAGUACCUAACGAUGGGCAACCAAUACCCAUCCACAUCGAGCAGUUGUGCUGACCCUUCAGAACCAUAUUAUUAUCAUGCCAGGUAUCAUGAAUUGCAGCCGAAUACGGCCAAGCCACAUUUUUCGGUACAUCAAACAUCAUACCAACCGUCUUAUCAGUACGUCGUCAACAACUAUAAUAACUAA